AUGCUGACCACCGGUCCUGCCCUCCGCCGGCAGGAGCCCGAGCCCCACCCCGAGUGGCACGCCCGGGAGCAGCAGCUGAACCGCCUCCGUGCCCAGCUCUCGGAGCGGAAGGGCGCGCUGGAACACGAGCGGCGCUUGCGCGAGGAGCGGAGACUACUGGAGGAGCUGAAGAAGGUGGACGAGGAGGCGGAGAGCCUACGCCGAGAGCAGGGCUACGUUGGUCCAGGGAUCUCGGCCGCGCUGCAGGGGGUCGCCCUGGCUGGCGAGGGCGGCCCGCUGGCCCCCUCGGCGGCGGCGGGCCAGCCGAUCCCGGACUCCAUAGACGAGGCGCCCUCGCGGCAGGCGCUGCGCCAGGCGCCGCCAGACGGCCGCGCGGAUGAGGCGUCCGCCGACGCCGAGGGCCUGCAGACCGCGGCCGGCGCGAGCAGCUCCCCCACGCUGCGGCAUCCCACGCCGCUGUCGGUCCCGAGGGGUUGGCGUUUGGAUCUGAUCGAGAUCGGGCCCAAGGGCAUCGGCCAGCUCGUGAUCCACGAGGGCUACUACGUCGGGGAGAAGGCCAUGUUCGAGAUCCUGGCGAAGAACGGCUUCCGCUAUCGCAUGCGCGCCACGACAGAGGAGAUGAAGAAGGGCGUCGACGUCCCGCCCAUCUCUCAGCUCGGCCCGCUCAAGCUCAGGCUCUUCGAGUCGCUGGGCGGCUCCUGCCGCAAGCCGGGGCUGGUGCGCCCCGAGGGCUACAGGGGCUGCGCUGGGCUCGCGGCGUGGGACACGGACCUGCCGAAGGCGAACCCGGCCCUCAAGUGA